AUGCCACCCAAAAAGAAAGCAGCGGCCGCUACCUCUUCUUCCUCGAGUAAAACCUCUUCCACCAAACGUAAGAGAAAAGACGAAUCGGAUGAUGAAGUUGUAUCUGAUGGAGCUGAAUCCGAAGAUGUAGAAUUUAUUGAAGCAGAUGAAGCUUCUUCCAACAAGAACAAGACUGUAGAAGAAGUCUACAAGAAAAAGUCUCUCCGUGAACAGAUCUUGUUGAGACCCGAUACCUAUGUCGGAUCUACUCACAUGCAAGAAGAGGAAGAACAUUGGGUUUGGGAUGAUGAAUUGAGUAGAAUGAGACUCAAGCCUAUCCGUUAUGUUCCAGCCUUGUACAAAAUUUUUGAUGAAAUACUCGUGAAUGCCGCUGAUCAUGUGGUGAGGGAUGAGAAGUGUGAUAAAAUCAAGGUUACCAUUGAUCCUGAAAAGAAUGAAAUUUGUGUUUGGAAUAACGGCAGUGGCGUUCCAGUUAAGAUCCAUCAAGAACACAAAGUUUAUGUGCCUACUUUAAUUUUUGGUCAUUUGUUGACCAGUAGUAACUUUGAUGAUACCCAGAAGAGAGUUACAGGAGGAAGAAAUGGUUAUGGUGCCAAGUUGACGAAUAUCUUUUCAGAAAAAUUCAUUGUUGAAACAGUAGAUAGUGAAGAAAGGAAAAAGCUUCGUCAAGUUUGGACAGCAAACAUGAGCAAUGAGGAAGAUCCAAAAAUUACUACAUGCUCGAAAGCAGACAGCUAUACUGAAAUUACUUUUUAUCCCGAUCUUUCCAAGUUUGGAAUGGACAAAUUGGAUUCUGACAUUGUUGGCCUCAUGAAAAAGCGAGUUUACGAUUUGGCAGGAACCUUAAAAGCUGGCACUUCCAUUUGGUUGAACGGAAAGAAAGUUACUGGAAUCAAGACAUUCAAAGACUAUGUCAAGUUGUACACGGUAGAUAAGGAAAUCCAAUACUAUGAUGACGGAAAGCGGUGGAAAGUUGCCGUUACUCUCAGUGAUGGAACUAUGCAGCAAGUCAGUUUUGUAAAUAGUAUUAGCACUACAAAAGGAGGAAAGCAUGUUGAGCAUGUUGUAAAACAAAUUUCAGACCAUUUGAAAAAGGUUCUUAUCAAGAAGAACAGCACCAUCAAACCUGCCUAUAUUAAGAAUCAGUUGUGGGUAUUUGUUAGCGCACUGAUCAUCAACCCUUCGUUUGAAUCCCAAUCUAAAGAAACCCUUACAACAAAUGUUAAAGAUUUUGGAUCCAAAUGUAAACUAGAGGAAGAUUUCUUGAAAAAGGUCACUAAAUUGGCCUCGGAUGCAGUUCUGAAGUAUGCCGAUUUUAAGUCAGAAAAGGCGCUUAAUAAGAAAUCAGGUACAAAGAAAUCAAGACUUACAGGCAUUGCAAAGCUGGACGAUGCCAACGACGCAGGUGGAAAGAAUUCAGAGAAAUGCACUCUUAUUCUUACAGAAGGAGAUUCAGCCAAAGCUUUGGCUGUGAGCGGAUUGAGUGUAGUAGGAAGAGACAAGUACGGAGUCUUUCCUUUGAAAGGUGUUCCACUUAACGUGAGAGAUUGCAAACUAGAAAAAGUCUUAAAGAAUGAAGAAAUUAGUACACUCGCUAAAAUUUUGGGUCUAAAAUUCGACAAGGAUUACACCAAGGACGAUUUAAAAACUCUAAGAUAUGGAAGUAUUAUGAUCAUGGCAGAUCAAGAUCAUGACGGUUCACACAUCAAAGGUCUUCUCAUCAACUUUAUACACAAGUUUUGGCCUGGUUUACUUAAAAUUCCAGGAUUUUUGAAAGAGUUCAUUACUCCUAUUGUUAAGGCAACCAAUAAGAAAACCAAGAAAUCAUUAUCAUUCUUUACAAUUCCAGAAUACACAGAGUGGAAAGAGAGCUUGACAGAUACUAAGAGUUGGACCAUCAAAUACUACAAGGGUUUGGGUACAAGCAACUCCACAGAGGCCAAAGAGUACUUUUCCAAUAUGGACACGCACCAAAAGAAAUUCAAAUUUGAUCCUGAGUGCGAGAAAAAAAUUAAUACAGCCUUUUCUAAAGACCUGACAAAAGAAAGAAAGGAUUGGCUGAACAAUCAUCAAGAGGGUACCUAUAUUGACCAUACAAAGAAAGAAAUUUUAUAUUCGGAUUUUAUUGAUAAGGAGCUCGUAUUGUUUUCGAAAGAAGAUUGUAAACGAUCCAUUCCAAGUAUCGUCGAUGGUUUGAAGCCUGGACAACGAAAAAUUCUGUUCAGCUGUUUCAAGAGAAAUUUGAAAAGCGAAAUUAAGGUUGCCCAACUUGCAGGUUAUGUCUCAGAGCAGUCCUCAUACCAUCAUGGAGAGCAAAGCUUGACAAGUACCAUUAUUAACAUGGCUCAAAACUUUGUUGGAAGCAACAACAUCAACUUGCUGUAUCCAAGUGGUAUGUUUGGUACUAGGUUACAAGGUGGAAAAGAUGCCGCCAGUGCCAGAUAUAUUUUCACCAGACUUUCAGAAAUCACAAGAUACAUUUUCCCAAAGGCUGACGACCCAAUUUUAGAAUAUUUGGAUGACGAUGGUCAACCCAUUGAACCUAAAUUCUAUGUUCCAAUUAUUCCCAUGAUUCUUGUCAAUGGUACUGAGGGUAUUGGUACAGCAUGGCGAACAAAAAUUGAUAACUACAACCCAGUAGAUAUUGUAGAAAACCUGAAACGAAUGAUUAACAAUGAAGAGCCUAAAGAAUUUUAUCCAUGGUUUAAGGGUUUUGACGGUACGAUUGAGACAUAUGCUUCCAAGAAGUGGCAAACUAAAGGUAUUGCUGAAAAAAUUGAUGAUAAUACCAUUGAAAUUCGUGAACUACCAAUACGAGUUUGGACAGAAGUUUUCAAGGAAAGUUUAGAAGAAAUGAUGACAAAGGAACGUAUUGAUGAUUUUAGGGAAAAUCAUACCGAUAUUACCGUUUCAUUCACCAUCAAAAUGACUGACUCUCAAAUGAAAAAAGCUGAACAGGAAGGUUUUUAUGAGUACUUUAAGCUGUACAAAAAGUUUGCUACAACAAACAUGGUACUCUUCGCAGAAGAUGGAACUCUCAACGAGUACGACUCUGUUACAGAUAUAUUGAAACAAUUUUACCCAAUUAGACUCAAGUAUUACAACAAGAGAAAGGAUUACAUGCUUGAAAAACUUCGUAAAGAAUUAGAUAUGCUAUCCAAUAAGGUACGAUUCAUUACAGAGGUGAUAAAUGGAACCAUCGAGAUGAAGAGGAGAAAGAAAGAAGAUUUGUUAAAGGAACUCAAGACGAAGAAAUAUACUGCUUACCCUAAAGAUAAAAAGAUUUCAACAGGAGAUGUUGCUGACGAAGACGAGAAUGAAGAAGAUGGCUCUGAGAAUGAUGCACUAACUGAUGGCUACAAUUACUUGCUCUCUAUGCCACUUUGGUCGCUAACCGCUGAAAAAGUCAAGAAAUUAGAAAAAGAAAAGGCAGACAAAGAACAAGAAGUCGAAAAUUUAGAAAACACAAAGGUUGAAGAUAUUUGGUUGCGAGAAUUGGAUGAAUUUUUGGAGCAAUUAGACAAAUUUGAGUCCAAAGAAUUGAAGGAAUAUGAGCUCUACCUUAAAAAGAUUGAAAAAGAACGAAAGAAAACAGGCAAAAUUCCAAGACCUCUUGGUUAUCGUUCGAAAUCUACCGACAGACCUGAAAUUGAGACUGGUCCUGAAUUAGGUAAAAAGAAAACCACUAGUUCCAGAAAGAAGGCUGUCAAGAAAGAGGAAGACGCCAGUGAUGAAGACGGUGCUACAGAAGAAAAGAAACCCAAGACAACCAGAAAGAAAGCAGCAUCAAGCUCUUCUAAAUCGACCACAGGCAAACAAUCAAAGCUAGCUUUCAAAAAGAAGGAUGAGGUGGAGUCCGAUGACGACGAAGCUGGUAGUGAUGAAGAAGACAGUGGCAAGAAAAAGAAAUCUGCCAAGUCAUCAUCCAAGUCCGUCAAAAAGGAAGAAAAAGUUGAGGAUACGAUGGAUGUUGAUGACGCAGAUUUACCUCUUGCUGAGAGAUUGAAGAGAAGACAACAAGCAACCUCUAAAGUAGAAUUGGCAAAGGAUGAAAGCGAUGACGAGAUUAUUAGCGAAACCAAGAAGAAGCAAUCAUCCAAUACUACUCCAAAACAACCAACAAAGAAGAGAAAGACCUCUAUUACUGAUUACUUAAUCAAGAAGAAGGUCGAUGAAAUGGAUGAAACCGAUGACAAUACAGAGGUGGUGGAAAUAGAUGGGGACAAUGAAGAAGAACCAGAGGACGAACCAAAAAAGCGACCAGUUAGAUCCACUCGCCGCAACAAGGUCAUAGAGGAGGUAGAAAGUGACGAAGAGGAAGAAGAAGCCAUCUCAUCUGAAAGUGAAGCUGAAAUUGAGGACGAAGAUGAUGAGGCUGAUGAGUUCAUUCCUGAAGAUGAAGAAGAUUAA